AAUAUUUUCUUACAGCUGCAAUAACUUCGCAUACCUCAAGGGAUAUCCUCUGUCUGGUGCAAACUUUGCCCCCUGGUAUGGCGCCUUAUCGGUGAGCUGUGAGUUCUUGUCAGCACGAAGCAAAUGGCUUAUCUAUUAAACUCCGGGCAACGCACUAAGCAAACACUGCGUCAAGAGAGUACUGUAAGAGGAAGAUGUGCCUAUCCCACUUGAUGUGACCGUCUCUACAUCUCCACGCUGUCAUGGGACUGCGAGGAUCUAAACAACCAGAAGCCCAAGUCCUCCUUCUGGGUCUGGACAACGCCGGGAAGUCGACCCUCCUCUACAAACUGAAACACAACGCGUGCGUCAGCACCGUCCCUACCAUCGGCUUCAAUGUGGAAAUGUUCGAGGCGAAAAAGAACAGGAAGAACAUCGCCGUAACCGUGUGGGACGUCGGUGGUCAGGGGAAGAUGCGCGAGCACUGGGAGAGCUUCCACCAGGACGCAGCAGCUGUGGUGUUUGUUGUGGACAGCUCCGGCAGGGAGCGCCUGGAGGAGGCGCGCAGGGAGCUGGAGAAGACGCUGAGGAGCGAGCAGCUGCGGGGCCGUCCGCUCGUUGUUGUCGCCAACAAGCAGGACGUGAACGGCUCUCUGACUGUCACUGAAAUCAAGGACGUGUUCAACCUGAAAAAGAUUUGUUCGGGUCGGGACUGGUUCGUUCAGCCUUGUUCCGCAUCGACGGGAUUUGGAGUUGAAGAGGCCUUCAGACGCGUGAUCCAAAUGGUCAAAUAAAACAUUAACUUUGGUUUAUAACGAAUAUGUUAUUUUCAUACUAUUCACAAUAUGAAAAAUUCAUUUCGAAACAACUUUGGAAAUCUGAAUCUAAACUCCUUUAUACCAACAAUAAAUCACAUUUAAAGAGAUCAGACCUGUUGGUUAAGUCUGUUCUUCUAUGUGCAUGUAAAAUAACUCAGUUGGAGCAACAGAAUCUUGCAAGCUUCUUACUGUUAGAGUAGCCUAGGCUAAGUGAACAUGUUAAUUGGUCUGGCAUAUGAUUCUAAUGUCAGUAGGCUGUAAUGGAUACCACAGGAAACACGAGAUGCCACGAAGUCUAUUACUGUGCAUUAGACCUACUAACACAUAAUAAGGUACUGUAGAAAUGAUUUUCACCAGUGUGCAUUAUAUCUUCUCUCAGUUAUUAAAAAGAAUUCGAUUAUCUCACUCAGACAUUUACAUGAAACUCUCUCUUUCUAGGAGUCUGAUCAGCGAGAGAAGUAGAAUUUGGUGAUAAAGACACUGCUGCAGUGAUGACUAAUUUUCUGGCGCAAUAAUGCAGUUAAACAAUUAAGGUUAUUACAAUAACCCAGCUAGUUUGCAGUGUCAAAUGU